CUGGGAAGCCCCUAGCGCGGAGCUGCCAACGCCCGGCGUAAAGACACAAAUAGAGGAUACGAUCUUGAAUGAGUAGUGAAGACUGAAACACAGCUAUGCAGACCAUCAAGUGUGUCGUAGUUGGGGAUGGUGCUGUGGGUAAAACCUGCCUGCUCAUCUCCUACACCACAAACAAGUUUCCCUCCGAAUAUGUACCUACGGUGUUUGAUAACUAUGCUGUAACUGUAAUGAUCGGAGGCGAGCCCUACACUCUGGGCUUGUUUGAUACAGCAGGUCAGGAAGACUACGACAGGUUACGACCUCUGAGUUAUCCCCAGACCGACGUUUUCCUCGUCUGUUUCUCUGUCGUGUCCCCCUCCUCUUUUGAAAACGUCAAAGAAAAGUGGGUUCCAGAGAUCACCCACCACUGUCCAAAGACCCCCUUCCUGCUAGUCGGCACUCAGAUCGACUUGCGGGACGACCCCUCCACUAUAGAGAAGCUGGCAAAGAACAAGCAGAAGCCCAUCACUCCGGAGACGGCCGAGAAGCUGGCGAGAGACCUCAAGGCUGUGAAAUACGUGGAGUGCUCAGCCCUCACGCAGAAAGGCCUAAAGAAUGUGUUUGAUGAGGCGAUAUUGGCCGCAUUGGAGCCCCCAGAGCCCAAGAAGAAGCGCAAAUGCGUGCUGCUAUGAGAGGCUCCUCCCCACCCCACCCCAAUUUUUUUGUUUUUUUUGUUUUUUGUUUUAUCAAAAUCGCACACACACACACACAUAAACACAUACACUUAAAUAUACACACACACACCCUUCCUUUGCUCUACUAAGGCUGAUUGACAGCAUUGUCCGCUGCAGGGGGGAGACUAUAAAGAAAACAGCCUACCAAGUGUCAGAUAAUUCUCUGCAAUAAGAAGUUGUCUCAGCUCCCCUUUCACUCCCUAUGAAGUCUGCGUUCGGGACAGAAGAUAAAAACUAAACCUGGCCAGCAGGUGGCGACAGGCUGCAGGGUUACAUCGCCUCACACGGGGCAACAAACAUCUAGCUUCCUCAUAAGUAGAACCCAAGUCGAGCUUUUCCAUAGAUUGAUAUUUUGAAUUCAGUCGAUGUUGUGGCCUAAUCACGGUUUAGUUGUCCUCAGCCAAUGACAAUGGUUUACAGAUUUAAAAAAAAAAAAAAAAAGCUCCCGCCCCCAGCUUCCCUGAUUGGCGUAAGGUUCCAUCACCCCCCUCUGUUGACGAGCACACACAUCCCCCCGACCCCUUCCUUUUCUCAGCACUACCAGAAGAAAUGCUAACAGAGUAGUGUUCCUUUUUUGUUCCCCUCCUUUUUUCUUUUUUUUUUGUUGUUUGCCAACACC